AUGUGUUCCUGGCUCCCGGAGUUCAACGGCCCGCGGGUUGGCUUCGAUUACGAGAAUGAGAACAUAACAUACCUCACACGCCAGCGAAAGCUUGGUAACAAGGAUGACUGGGUAGAGCUUUGCAUGCUUGACCUAGAUGACACCGAUAGUGACCAGUCCAAAGUCGACGUGGUCCGAAACUUUUUGCAAGGCUCGACCGAGAGAACCAUCCGACCUGACGAUGCAAAAGAUGGGAGUACUCCCUUUUAUGUUGCCUGGCUAGACGAACGCGACUAUGAAUGCGGCCCAAGGACGUACUGCAACCCCCUCACCGCAGAAGGGCUCUCGCAGAAACUAUCGAAACCGCGAUUCCGAUCUCGAACGCAUGGCUCGAAAAACACAUCAGGUGCAUCUAUACUUUCUUUCCUUCGGGGCGUUUCGCCCCAAAUUGCUGCAGCUGCUAUCCGAGAGAAUGCAGCAACAAUCAAUAUUGCCGAGACCAUGAACCACAAGGACGAACCAGAGUGUAUUGAUAUGGAUACUUGCGUAAGAGGCUCUAGGAGGGUGUCUCUCACAGAGUGUUUACAGCAAGAGGGUGACAAACCGAUAGGUGGGCGCCAUUUUGCACCCACCUGGAGGGUAGGUCCGAGCUGGGCAGCCACACCAUACCAUGAACCGGAUGCUGCAAGGCGUUUGGUGUUCAUCACCGAUUUGGAUGCUAAAACCGCCGCUGUUCUUAUGGAAACUGCGUCAUACCACCAAGCCAGGCCUCUUCGUCACGCGCUCUACCACCACAUUACAAAUAAUGCUCUCGUCAGCGUGAACAUUUCACCAAAACUGCCGUCCAACUUCGAAUUGGCAUUCCACAUGCCAUUCUAUGCGUGGAGGAAUGCUUCGCGUGAGGACCAUCGCAGGUUCGCAAGUGGUGAACCGUUGAGAGAGACGGAGGAUGUCUCAUUCCUCAACCAGCAGGCUAGAGAAGUAGUCCUCUGUCAAGCUCAUUUCACAUGUGUGAUAUUCGGAUCAGAUGACCGGCAUUGGGUUGCCUACUGCUUCGCGGAUACCUAUUUUGAUGGCCAAGAUGAUGGAAGAGAAACCGUCCUUGAAUACCACCAGGACCGGGAUAGUGAAGAUGGCAUGAAUGCAGACCCUUUGACCUACGGCAACAUCGACGCAGAUGUCGAUCCAAUUUGGAAUCCCCGAAAAUACUUUCUCACCAUAUGCAGAUAUAGACUUCAACGAGUGGGACGUGAGUGGGCUCAGGUGGUGAUGCAUCUUGUGGGAAGUUUCGCAAGUUUCGACAAGGUACGCACCCUUCUACCUUAUCACAGUUACUGGUCUGUGGCCAUUGAGAAUGACAACAAGUUCACUGGCGUCGACCAAGCUCACACGCUGGGCAACACUUGGUCAAUGGCAAACUAA